AUGGCGCGGGAGGGCACGCCGAGUUGGCGUCCCAAGAAGUCAGCAGCGGAGCGGAAUGCUGCCCGGCAGGCUGCAAAGGGCGCGGCCGACCGUGCAGUCCUGAAGCUCCAGCAGGAGACUGCAGUUCUCAUUCGCGAGUACACCGGCCUCAAGGAGGCAGUUGCUUUGCUAGUCGGCGACGCUGAGGUUGGUGACAGGGUUGUUGCGCUCAUCCCCGCACUCUCGGCGCGGCUUGCGGGCCGCGUCCCUGGGCACACCGACCAGCUGAGGCGCAAUGUCGCGCUUCGCGCAGAGGUUCCUGCUGGUGAAGAAGUAGCUCGGGCAUCGGCACAGCAGCUCCGUAAAUGGCAGCAUGGAUCUCGAUUGGAAGUUCGUCAUCCUAGCCAUCGUGAGCAGUGUCAGGAGGUAGUUCCCGACAGUGCACGGGCAGCACCAGACAGGCCAGUUGUGGUGGAUGAGGACAAGCCCGCCGUCCAGGUUGCGGGCAGGGAGGAUCCUUGUACCACGUGUUCGCCAAGGCAGGAGGUUCGUGGCACAGCUGUGCUGGAGGGCCAGGUCGGGGUUUCACGUCUCACUCGUGGUGAAUUGUUCUCGAGACUCCGCAGUGCAGCAGUUCAUCCAGUUUCGGUUGCUGUGCUCCCGCCUUCUGUUAUUGUGGCUAGCGUUCUUGAACGGUUCCGUGAGCAGCUCUAUGCUGCGAAGUGGCUGUCGCUGGAUACUUCGUGCGAGUUUGGCCAUGCGAAGGGCAUGCUGUGCACCUGUGGUGCCGCGCUUUUCUCUGGGUUGAGCUGCGUGCGUAUUCCGCGGCUGCAGGAGCCGCUCAGUGGAGCAGAGAUUGAUUCCUGCAGGGGUCGAAGUUCGUCCAGCAUUUCUCCGCCGUUGUCGAGCAGGAUGCCCCUCCUGCAGGAUGCCGACGUCGAGGCGAAGCUCGUGGCGGACGUCGUCGUGGGCGUCUCCGAGGAGGCGCUCGCGGGGCGGCUGGGCGCGCUGGUGGAGGGCGCCGAGCCCGCGGUCGAGCUGAAGGGCGACCUGGCGGCGCUGCCCGUGCGGCAGGGCGCGUUCGAGGAGAGCGCCGAGGCCAAGUGCGAGCUGGAGGUGCUCUCGCAGCGGCCAUGCGCGCUGGGGGCGGCCUCGGAGCAGCUGGUCUCGCAGGAGGGCGACCUGGCGGCGCUGUCCGAGCAGCGGGGCGCGCUGGCGGAGGGCGCCGAGCCCAUGGGCGAGCGGGAGGUGCUCUCGGAGCCGCUGAAUGCGCUGGAGGCUCUGUGCGAGCAGAGGGAGGCGAAGAUGGCCUCUCGCCGCGCGUGCAGCGAGAGCUUGUUCUACUUCCUGGACGAUUUCACGGUGGCUGCGAUGAUGUGCGUGGCCAUUGGGCCCAAGUCGGGAGUUGAGUCUCUCCUGAGCUCGGCCGAGGCCCGCUUCAUCGACGUCAGCCCCGGUAGUGUAGGCUGGCCCGAUGCCGAGGAGCGUGAGCGUAUCCUCGAGGGCCGCUUGCAGGUCGUCCAGAUGCCGAGGGGCGUGCGCGACGGCAGCAAGAGCUCGGCGUCCUGGAGAGCAUGGGCCAAGGAGGCCGAGCAGAAGGGCGGCAGGCACGCCCGCUGGUUUGCCAGGGCAGCGCCGCCCCCGCAGGUUGUGGACCCUGACACUGGUAGCCUCUUUCUGGACAUCGCCAAGUUCUACGGGAACCUGCGGCACGACGUCCUGUGGCGGUGUGGAGUCGAGCAUGGCAUCAACCUGCGGGUACUUCGAGGUCUGCUCGUGCUCUACCAGAGCCCGCGUUUCAUCUGCUUGGUAGGCCUGGCCACCGAGUCGUUCAGCACAAAAGGCGCGCGUCUGGCGGGCUGCGUGUGUGCCACUACAGUGGCCAAGCUGCCUGUGCUUGGGGCGCUUCGCGCCGCCUCGGCGGGUGGCAUACCACUGGUAGUCGCUCGCAACGUCGCCGACGACAUUGCGCUGCAGGCCGUCGGCACUGAGCGGUUGGUCGCCUCCCAACUUGGCAGCGCUGGGCUGAAAGUGGCUCGCAUCCUCCGAGAUCAGCAUCUUCCCCUCAGUGCUGCCAAGACCACCUUCCUCGCCUCGAGCCCCAGCCUGGGGCGGCAGCUUGGCGAGUACUGGAAGUCGCAGGGCUGGGCUUUCCGUGAGACCUUGCAGGCCAGGAACCUCGGCACGGACGCCGUCAUCACGAGGCGAGGGGUGCAUGAGGGCCGAGUGCGAGCUGCUGGAGCCCUUCGCCGUGCGCGCAGGCUGGGCUGCCUUCGCGCCGCUGGCGUGGAGGUGGACCUGAUCCACAAGGCUGGGCCCACGGCCAGCAUGGCGUGGGGCCGCGCGGUCACGGGCAACGCGGACGGCGAGCUGCACAGGCCGCGCAUGCGCUGCGCCGAGCUGAGGCGGAGGCGCGACCUGGAUCCAGCGGUCCUCACGGCCGGCCACUCAGUCCAGAUGCUGGCGGGCCUGCUGCAGUCAGGCGAGCUGCCGCUCAGGAUGAUGGCUCGGGGGCUAGAGGCUGCAGCGACCAGGCGCGCCAGUGCCGACACGCCGUGGAAGCACUGUGCCUCGCCCAUCGACGCGGUGGUGCUGACCCUCGCGCGGAUCGGCUGGCACUUCAAGUCUGAGCUGUGCCUGGUCACGGACCUCGGCGAGAAGCUCGAUCUCACGCUCCUUGGGCCUCGGGAGUUGGGCUUUGAGGCUGGCCGCGGUGCUCGGCGUGCCUCAGAUCGCCAUGAGAUGCGGAAGCUUAGCCACGACCCCCUCUUGCAGCGGCCGCUGUGCUGGGGCGCCAUCGGACAGCUGCUCGGGCCAGGUAGCGAGCUGAGCGUGAGGGAGCAGAACGCGCUGGGUGCCUACAUCUCCAACACGCACUGGACGAAGGCCAGGCUCUUUGACGCUGGGAGUUGUGCUGAGCGGGCGCGGGCCCUAGGCGAGUGCGCUGACGAGAACUUCGCCCGCUGCUGGCUGCCCGCGCCAGAGCCGCCGCAGGGCCGCCGCGCGGAUGCCAUGAGUGUUUGGUGGAUUCGCAGGCCAGCCGACGAUGAGCUCAACGGCGCGCUGUACCUCGAUGGGUCGGCGCUCGAGCCGCAGUUCGGAGCCCUGCGCCGCGCGGGCUGGGCCAUUGCCCAGUGCGACGACGACGGCAACCUGGUCGCAGGAGUGCGCGGCUCAGUCAUGCGAGACCUUUGCCUGCAGCAGACGGCCAAGGACGGUGGGGACUUCGCAGUUUGGAUGCUCGCCAACUAUGCGGGGCCAGCGGUGGAGAAGGUCAACAUUGAUAGCAGCGCCACGGUGGCAUGCCUGCGGCGUGGGCGCGCGUGCGCCGCAGCACCCAGCAGGUCCAACGUCCACCUGUGGAGCAGGAUCCUGGCGGCCUUCGAGCCAGGUGUCUUCGCGGUGGGGAAGGUGCCAGCCCACUGCUCGCGGCAGGCAGUGCUCGACGGGCUCCUGGCGGAGGCCCAGAGGCGCGGCAACGAGCGCGCAGACCGCCUAGCCAAGAUGGGGGCCCAGCUGCAUGCUGUGGACAGGCAGACGGUCGGCGAGCACCACGCGCUGGCGGAGAUCGUGCGGGAGCUUGGGCGCUGGAUCUGCCAGGCCGCCAUCAUCUGGCAAGGCAUCGCGGCCGAGGAUUGCGAAGGGCUCCCUCCUGCUGCCGAGCGGCGCCAGGUGCGGUUCGCUGCUGCCGAGGCGCCCCAGGUAGCUGGCGAGGCCGCCGACGAUGGCGCUCGGGCCAAGCGACCGCGCCUGGAGAGCGCCCGCUCGACGGGCAGCAUUUCGGCCGCCCUCUCGGCCAGCGCCGUCGCCUUCAGCAUUCCGGGGCACGCCCUGUCCUACGCCUGUGCUGGUGAAGGCGAGGGCACCCAGGAGAUCGCGGCCUGCUCCAAGUGCGGCGCGUACAUGGUGUUGGGCGGUCGCUCUGGUGUGAAGCCUCGCCUCAAAGAGCGGUGCACAGGCGACAAGACGGACAAGUCAGGCAGGAACCAGCGCAGCCUGUGGUCGCGGGGGCUCCAUCCUGGAGGCAGGCCGCGAGCUGCCAAGCAGAGGGCGAAGGGAGAGGGCCCCCAUGCUCUGCGCUCGCAGGGGCCAGUGCCGGGACACGCCCAGGAGCGGUGCCUGGAGUGGCUCGGCGUCGCAGCAGAGCCAGCAGCUGGCGCGUCGACCGCAGCGAGCAGUGCAGGCAGCGCCCCAGCGGCUGCCGCGGCGCCUGGGGCCGCCACGGAGGGCCAGGGCGAGCCUCCGACGGCUGAGCGCGCAGCAGCUGCCGCCGCCAGCCAGCCUCAGCAGCGACCGACUACGGCGAGAGCUGGGCUCCUCGGCGCGCACGGGAUCACCGAGGAGGAGAUCUCCGCCGCGGCCAGCACGGCGGUCGACGCCCAGGAGAGCCGCAGGGUGCGCCGCCGUCUGGCGCGCCGCGGCGCUCCGUCCGAGAGUUCAGGAUCCAGGGGCUAUCGGCUGGCCAUCUGGCAGAGCGGGUACCUCAGGGAGGACGGGGGCGGCAAGUGGGCCUGCGUGGUGGGCUUCGAGUGCAAGGCCACUUCUUCCUCGGAAAGACGCACUAUGUACGAUGGCCGCUGGCUCUGGCGCGAGGGGCGAGGACGACCUCCGCACGCAGUGCGCGCUGCACGGGAAGCUGCGCAGCCUCGACUGUCUCCAAGACGACGGCGCGCGCGCGGGCCAGCGAAGUUUCAGCACCGUCGCACCU